UUCUCCCGAAACCUCUAUAGAGAAAGAAGAAAUCUAAGCUAUUUCCUCACGCAUCCUCUGCAACUUCCAUGGCCAUGGCCACCAUCCUCGCCUUCUUUCUGUUCCUCUUCUUUCUAUUAUGGGUAUUAAGAAAAGCCCAUCGUAAAACAACACUUCCACCGGAAGCCGGUGGCGCUCUGCCAUUGAUUGGCCACCUCCACCUACUACGAGGGACAGAACCAGCCCAUAUCACACUGGGUAAGCUGGCCGACAAGUACGGCUCAAUCUUCACCAUGCGGCUCGGCGUACACCGAGCCGUGAUAGUGAGCAGCUGGGAGAUAGCCAAAGAGUGCUUCACCACAAACGACAAAGUCUUUGCCAACCGUCCAAAAGCUAUAGCUUCAGAGCUCAUGGGCUACAACUACGCCUUGUUUGUGCUUAGCCCUUACGGCCCUCACUGGCGCCAAGCGCGUAAAAUGGCCACCGUCGAAGUCCUCUCACUCCACCGCCUUGAGAUGCUCAAACACAUCCAGGAGUCCGAGGUAAAUGCUUCCAUAAAAGAGAUAUAUGAGCUCUGCAGGGUGAAGAAGAAGAACAACUACGUGUCGGUGGAGAUGAAGAGGUGGUUUGGUUCCAUAACCUUAAAUGUGUUGUUUAGGAUGAUUGUGGGGAAGCGAUAUGAUUCGACUAAAACCAAUGAUGAGAAUGCAGUUAACGAUGAAUGUCGGAAGACAUUGAAAGAUUACUUUGAGCUGAGUGGUACGGUUGUGGUGGCAGAUGUGCUUCCUUAUCUAAGGUGGUUGGACUUUGGAGGGUACGAGAAGGCCAUGAAGCGAACUGCAAAGGAAUUUGAUCACGUGGUUCAAGGUUGGGUGGAAGAACAUAAGCGGAGGAAAGUUUCCGGUGAGGAAAAGGGACACCGAGACUUCAUGGAUGUGAUGUUGUCUGUUGUUGAUGAAGACAAAGAGAUCUCCAAGUACGAUGCUGAUACAAUCACUAAAGCUCAAUGUCUGACCCUUCUCGUAGCGGGAACAGAUACAACAGCGACAACAUUGACAUGGGCUCUCUCUCUACUUCUUAAUAACCGAGAAGCCCUAACGAAAGCACAACAAGAGUUAGAUUUUCAUAUUGGGAGGGAGAGGCAAGUGAAGGAUUCGGAUAUAAAAAAUCUGGUCUAUCUCCAAGCUAUCUUCAAAGAAGCAAUGCGUUUACACCCUGCCGGAUCUGUCUCUGUCCCACACGAGUCCAUGGAAGACUGCACUUUGGCUGGCUACCACAUUCCAGCAGGCACACGACUCCUUGUUAACUUUUCAAAGAUCCAUCGAGACCCACGUGUGUGGCCUGAUCCAAAUGAAUUUCGGCCAGAAAGAUUCCUUACAACCCAUGUGGGUGUUGAUGUUAAGGGCCAGCAUUUCGAAUUGUUACCAUUUGGCGCCGGUAGAAGAGGGUGCCCGGGAAUCUCAUUAGCGUUGCAAGUUACGCAACUCACACUUGCCACCUUAUUGCACUCUUUUGAAAUUACAACCCCAUCUGAUGAGCCUGUGGACAUGACUGAGAAAGUCGGACUUAGCAACCAAAAAGCCACACCAGUUGAAGUCCAUCUCACUCCACGCCUUCCUGCUCAAGUAUAUGCAUGAUAUUUGAUAACUAAUUAAAAUGCAAACUACACUAUUUCAUAAUGAGUAAUACUAUUGAGUAGACCCGUAUAUGACUUUCAUACAAUUGGGAUAACAUGGUAGUAAAAAUCAAGCUUUGUUUUUUUCUAUCAAGUGCUAACCUUAUGACGGAUUUUCACUUCCAUGUUAUCAAGUUGUAUGAUAGUCGUAUAAGAGUCUACUAAAUAGUAUUGUUCUUUUAUAA